CUUCUUGUUCAUAUCAUUCAAACAAACGUCUCUCCCCCUGCAUAUAUCCUCAAGUUCAUAUCAUUCAAAGCAUAGAUUGGAUCAUUUUCUGAAAAAAUACUAUGAAGAUCUCAUUUAUAUUUCUUUGCCUUCUUGUUCCCAUUGUCACAGCCAAACUUCGAGUUGGCUUCUACAGCUCUACCUGCCCGCGUGCUGAACAGAUUGUUCGACAAGCAGUGAUGCAGCGGUUCAGCACUGACCGCUCCAUAACGCCGGCCUUGCUUCGCAUGCACUUCCAUGACUGCUUUGUUAAGGGUUGUGAUGCAUCCAUACUCAUUGACUCAACGCAGACUACGCAAUCGGAAAAAGAUGCCUUUCCGAACCAGUCUGUCCGAGGAUUCGACCUCAUCGACAAGGCCAAGUCAAACCUUGAGGCCGCAUGUCCCGGAAUAGUCUCUUGUGCUGACAUCAUAACUCUGGCAACCCGAGACUCGGUGGCCCUAGCCGGUGGGCCCAACUACGCUGUCCCAACUGGCAGACGAGAUGGUUUGGUCUCCAACCCAAAUCUCGUGAACUUGCCAGGCCCAUCCCUUUCUGUCUCACAGGCACUCAAAUUCUUCACAGCCAAAAAACUAACUCUCAAUGACAUGGUCACCCUUUUGGGUGCACACACUGUUGGUGUUGCUCACUGUGGUUUUUUUCAAGAUCGGCUUUCAAACUUCCAAGGAUCUGGGAAACCUGACCCAACAAUGGACCCAACCCUAGUUUCUAAGUUAUUCCAACUCUGUGGUACACAAUCGAGGCCGUUGAGUCAGGACCCAACUGCAUUUUUGGAUCAAAACACAUCUUUCAUAUUUGAUAACGAGUACUACCAUCAAAUUAAGUUGAAGAGAGGUGUAAUGCAGAUUGAUCAAGAACUUGCCUUGGAUAAAACUAGUGCUCCUAUUGUGACAGGUUUUGCAAGCAAUGCGAUUGGAUUCCAACAAGGUUUCACAAAGGCGAUAGUGAAGAUGGGGAGAAUUGAAGUUCUUGUUGGAAAUGCCGGGGAAAUUAGAAAGAAUUGUAGGGUUUUCAAUUGAGCCAAGCAAAAGAAAUCCAUGUCACGAAUCUUUUAAAAAUUCUCUUAUUUCUGUGUUCUAUAGGCAUCAAUAAUUUAGUUUCCAAAUACCACAUUUAGGUUUCCAUAUUCAGUUGAAUUGAUAAUUGUAAACUUUUCCUAAUUAUUUCAGGUUUAAUUUGUUCUUUGCCUAUUGGUUUGUUUCAUUUGUUUGGUGAAGAUAUGUGUUCAUAAAUGAGUGUAGAUUCACACAUGAGUGUUCUAAUUUGAUUUUUAUUGAUUUAAAUAGAUGAAUUUAUCACUU